GUGAAGGCACGAGCUCAACUCAACUCAACUCAGCUCAGAGUCUCAGACAGCAACAAAAAGAUUAAAAUUCCAGACUGACUGACCAGCCAAAAGACCAUCAUCAUAAACUUUACCAAAUCCCAAUUCGAAAUUUAAAAAAAAAAAAAAAAAGAAAAAAGAAAUGAUAAAAAGGAAAACGAUCUCGAAGUUUAGGUAGAGAGAGAGAAAAAAAAAAAAAAAUGAAAAGAGUAGAAAAAAGUGGACAUGGGGUAGCAGAAAAGGAGGAAAAUUUGGGGGAAAAGUUGAGAAGAGGGGUCUUGGUGGCCAAAAGAGGGGGCCCAAGUACUCCAACAGCGUCUACUUGGAGACUUUGGCCUUCUCUUGAGGCGCAGGCGCAGGCGCAUGAUAGCACCAUUAAAGAAAACACUCAUCUUUCUGCAAGAAAACUAGCGGCCGCUCUCUGGGAAUUCCAUCACUACUUUCCUCUCUCUAAAAUGCACCGGGGUGUUAACUUCAAUGGUGUCAGUAGUGACUCUAAAAUGCGCCGCCACCGUCCACACCAGCUUUACAAGGACAAGGCUUUCGACUUGUCUCACUUCUUGGCUGACCCUUCUCCUAGUUCUCCUGAACAGCCAGAAAGUGCAAGCAGUUUAAGGAGGCAUAUUGCUCAAUCACUGAUUCAGCAUCAUCGAUCGAUUGAAAGAAGUAAUCGUGCCUUGCCGCCUGUAUCUCCCGCAAGUUAUGGUAGUUCCUUGGAGAUGGCACCCUAUAAUCCUGCAGUCACUCCCACCAGUUCUAUAGAAUUUAAAGGAAGAGUUGGUGAGUCGCGGUAUAAUCUUAAAACAUCCACAGAAUUACUAAAAGUAUUAAAUCGAAUCUGGAGCUUGGAGGAACAGCAUGCUUCAAAUGUAGCAUUGAUAAAGGCAUUGAAGACAGAGCUAGACCAUUCCCGUGUGAGGAUCAAAGAGUUGCUUCGAGAUCAGCAGGUAGAUCGGCAUGAAAUAGAUGAUCUGGUGAAGCAAAUUACAGAGGAUAAGCUAGUUAGGAAGAGUAAGGAGCAGGAUCGUAUUCAUGCUGCUGUACAGUCUGUGAGGGAUGAGCUAGAGGAUGAGAGGAAAUUAAGAAAACGGUCAGAGAGCAUACACAGGAAGUUAGGUCGGGAGCUAUCAGAGGUGAAGUCUUCCUUUUCUAAUGCUUUAAAAGAUCUAGAAAGAGAGAAAAAAUCAAGGACACUUUUGGAAGACCUUUGUGAUGAAUUUGCUUUGGGCAUAAAAGACUAUGAACAGGAGGUGCAUGCUUUGAAACAGAAAUCUGACAAGGAUUGGGCUGGUAAGGCUGAUUGUGAUCGUUUGAUUCUCCAUAUAUCUGAAUCGUGGAUUGAUGAACGGAUGCAGAUGAAGCUAGAAGAGGCUCAUGGUGGUUUUCCUGAGAAGCAAUCAAUAGUGGACAAGUUGGGUUUUGAAAUAGAGACUUUUCUUCAGGCCAAACGGUCAGCUUCUUCUAAGAGAAAUGAUAAUAUACUGCCUAGGGAUAGACGUAACUCUCUUGAAUCCGUCCCUCUAAAUGAGGCUGUGAGUGCACCUCAAGCUGUUGGAGAUGAGGAAGAUUCUGCAGGCAGUGAUUCAAAUUGUUUUGAAUUGAACAAACAAAGCAAUGGUGACAUGAAGUUGCAUGGAGGUGAAGAUGUAGAUGGUCGUACUAAUGAAAUGAUGAAACAUAACCAAAUGAAGAAAAAUAUCGUUUCUCGUGAAAGAAUAAGGGGUCGAAACCCAUCCAGUUUGCAAGUUAAGUUUGAAGAACAGAUGGCUUGGGCCAUCUCAAGUAAUGGUAAUAAAGGGCCUGAAAUGGUAGAUAGCGAACCAAUUGAAUCUAGCAUGGCAAAUAAAUCCGAAAAUCGUGGAGCUAUUGAAGAUGACAGUCAUGAAAGAAAGAAUGAACAUGAUGAGCUCCAUGGAUCAAACUCAAACUAUAUGAUAGAUAAUUUAAUAAGAAAUCAUAUUUUAUUUUCAGAAGGUGGGAUGCAGAGUAUACAUCCCGAGAAUAACUCCGGUGAGGCUUCUUGCAGCUAUCCUGCACGGAGGAAUCAGGCUAGUCCAGUACGCCAGUGGAUGUCGAAACUUACACCCCCAGAUAUCGACAUUUCAGAAUCUUCUACAAAAUUGCCUCAAGUGUUGAAGGACAAUACUUUGAAGACAAAGCUUCUUGAAGCAAGGUCAAAGGGCCAACGUUCGCGAUUUAAAGUUUUUAAAGGUUCGUCUUAGGCUAUUGAAAAAUGCAGCUAGAUGCAAAGAAGAUACAUCAGGCUUACGGGAUCUGCCUAGUUGAACUUUGAAAGGCUUUUGUUUUGUGAAUAUCGGCCACAGCUCUAUAUAAACUUGAAUGCGGCGGUUUCUUAAACAUAGCUGUACUUUUGUCUUAAGUAAAUUUGGAAUUUCAAGUCUGUAAAUAAGUGUAAUAUCGUUACAUAGCUGCAGAAUGGAUGAAGAUGAAUUGCGAGAUGCAUUACAAUUUUGGGUAAUUAAGCCUUUUGUGUAUUCAUUUGAAGUUUGUUGUCAGC